AUGCGCCAGGAAAUAUUUAUUUCUUUCGUCUUUUCGUUUCUUCAGGUUUAUCAGUCGUUUGGUUCACCAAUUUCAAAAGAUGCGCACGAUUUGAAAUCAAUGCCAAGCGGUCCUGUCAAAGGCUACAAGGAGAAUAAAAGCUUGUUUAAUUUCCUUGGUUAUGACAAUUCUGUUGCUCCUAACGAUUGCAAAGGCUCGAUGUUAUGCCCUAUGCUACGAGGUGAAAGUCGAGCAUGCCCUUAUGCUUAUAUGAAAUACAAUCGUUCAUUGAUUUAUCAUGGGUAUACUUCCUAUACAGCGAACUGGUGUACUGCUAUAUACAAAUGUGACGGUGACUAUCCUAGCCGCACGGGUAACGAAAUUAUAGAGCAAUUUGACCAACUUGAUUUGCAGUGCGCUUCAUGUGGAACUCGACACUUUGACGAUAAAUCAACCGGAACACGCUGUUAUGUUAGACUUAAUUACUGUUAUCCCGAUUGUACACAAGUUCUACCUGAAACUACAGAAUACGAAUACAAAGAGCUUGUUCGAGAUUGGUAA